AUAAAUAUAUUACACAUCUCCUUAUUUGAACAGUCACUCUUAUCCAAUUUCAUAAUUCUCUUCCAUUAUUGAAACCUUUACCCACCUUUAUUUCAAGAAUCUCUAUUUUAUUGGCCCAAACCAGCACCAUUUUGCCCUUUAUUGCCAAUUGUUUUCCUUUCCUUCUCUCUCUUUCUUUCUUUACUUUAGCUCAAUUAUAGUGAAGAUCAAAUCUUUCAUAAGAAAGAUUUUGUGGGUGUUUCUUGGUUUUUUUCAAGAAAUUGAGAUUUUCUAAGAUUUAUAUUUUGGGUAUUUCUGGGUUUAAGAAAAGAUAUGGCGAGUGCUGCUGCUGGUAUGAUCGGAGGAAAUGGGUGUGUUGGUUCUUCAUCUUCUUGGUUUCAGAUCAAAAGCAGGAGAAAGAAGAACAAUAUGGUUAAAGAAAGAGUUAAAUUUUAUUGUGUUUCUUCUGCUUCUUCUCCAUCUUCUUAUUUGACGGAUCCUUAUAAAACCCUAAAGAUCCAACGUGGAGCCUCUGAAUCUGAGGUCAAGAAAGCCUUUAGGCAGCUUGCCUUGCAGUAUCAUCCUGAUGUAUGCAGAGGAAGCAAUUGUGGUGUACAGUUUAGUCAGAUUAAUGAAGCAUAUGAUAUUGUGAUGAGUAGUUUGAGAGGAGAAGCAGUCGAAUCGGAAAUGUAUGAGCCGUACGAUGAAGGGAGUGAUGAGCCAAUGAGAGGAAUGUACGAUCCAGAUUGGGACAUGUGGGAGGAAUGGAUGGGAUGGGAAGGAGCUGGGAUUCGUGAUUACUCAUCCCAUAUUAAUCCUUAUAUUUAAGAUACAAAUAAAAAUAAUUAAUUGUAAAUAAUGUAAAUUAAGUAUGGCGUUAAACCCACCCACAGUCCCAUAUAAAUAUUAUUUAUAUUUCAACCUUUUAAUUUUUAUUUAAAAAAAAAAAGAAAAGGUUGUGUUUCUCUGUAAAUGGAUGUGGGUUUAAAGAGGUUAUUCUGUGUACAUAAAGUUCCUGAUUUGUGGACAAUUUAUAUUUCUAUGUACCUAUAAUGGUAAAAUGUAGCAUUUAAUUUCUAA